AUGGAAGUUAACUUCUGCUUCAACCACCACCACCGCGCCUUCCGAUUAACCUCUCCCCUCUCCGUUUCCUCUAAUCGCACACAGUUCCUCGGUUGCAAUCGCAGUCUCCGACCACCUCCACCACCACCUUCAUCAGUUCGCUUUUCAAACAAACACAGCAAUAGGUUAGGGCUUCUUCGCCUCCAUUCACCGCGCUUCGUCUUCAAGGCUUCUUUUCAGUCUCGUCCGCUUAUAGUCGUUGUCGUCGUUGUUACUUUAUCUGCUAUUUCUUUCAUUCACUUCACUCUCAACAAGAGAAAGAAGAAUCUAAACCAGGGACGUGCAAAAUUUGCGUUAUCACCACAAGGAAGUAAUGUUGGGAACCAGGUUAUUGAUAGUCAGAUUCUCGGUUUUCCAGAAUUUCAAAGGGACAACUCACUGAACGAAGUUGGGAAGUUAAGUGAUCACCAAGGAAAGGACAACCAUGUUUUUGAGGACCAAGAGGUCCACCGUCAAUUUUUGGAAUCUUCCAUGGUGCAGGAAACAGCCUUCAAGACUCGUACAUUAGAUUCAUCUUCGUCUGUUCUUGACUCUAGUGUCAAUGGUAACAGUUCCCAUGUAUUAGAGGAGCCUUUUUUAUCUGUGGCUUUCCAAUCAAGUCCAUUGGAGCCUAUAGCUUUUGCUGAGGAAAUGACUCUACAGGUGGAAGAAAAUCAAGAUGUAGUUGACUCUAAUCUCGAGUUGCCUUUGAGUAUGGUCAAACCUGAGCAAAGUGCUUCUUCUGUUGGUUUAGGUAACGCGCUCGAUCCAAUCAAUGGCCACAUUGAUGAAAAAAUUGAGCUUCAUGCCAUCAAAAGUGAUGUCCCUUUUGGUGAAUCUGUUAGGGAAGGGUUGUACAUGUUUUAUGAGGACAAUAAUUCUGCACCCGGGUCCAUUACACCCUUGAGUAGUAGCAAGUCAUUUUCUCCCAGUGAUUCUUUCGUGAAUAGAACAGAACUGCCAGAAGCUAUAAGAAAUAUCAGCCUGAAUGGAUUAGGAUUAUCAGCAGAUGUUUGUCUACAAAAUGCAGAGUACAUUGACAGAGAAGGCUACCCUCCGCAGCAUACUAGUAAAAAUUUGAGGGAAGCCAGCAGAUAUACAAGAGACGGGGAAAGGAACUAUAUGGAUCGUAAUAGUAACAAUGAUUUGCCCCAAAGUUCUCACAUCAUGGUGCAGGUGGAUCAGAAAAAUGAUCAAAUUAGGGUUCACGAUGGUCAGAAAAUCGAUCCUUCAGAGCUUCUAAGCAAAUAUAAUACCUUGCUAAAAUCUGGGAGGUUACGUGAAUGUGUAGAAUUGCUUAAAGAUAUGGAAAUGAAGGGUUUAUUAGAUAUGACAAAGGUUUAUCAUGCCAAGUUUUUCAACAGCUGCAAGAAACAAAGAGCUGUUAAAGAAGCUUUUGAUUAUGUUAGGCUUAUUCCAAAUCCAAUGCUGAGUACAUUUAAUAUGCUUAUGUCAGUGUGUGGAAGCUCCCAAGAUUCCGAAGGGGCUUUCCAUGUUAUGCAACUUCUUAAGGAUGCUCGACUAGAUCCUGAUUGCAAACUUUAUACCAAUCUGAUAUCAACUUGUGCUAAAAGUGGGAAGAUUGAUCUAAUGUUUGAGGUGUUUCACAAGAUGGUUAAUUCUGGAGUGGAAGCUAAUGUUCAUACCUAUGGGGCACUUAUUGAUGGUUGUGCUAGAGCUGGUCAAGUAGGUAAAGCAUUUGGUGCUUAUGGGAUAAUGAGGUCAAAGAAUGUGAAGCCAGAUCGUGUUGUUUUCAAUGCACUUAUAGCUGCAUGUGCACAGUCCGGAGCAGUGUCUCGUGCCUUUGAUGUGGUAGCAGAAAUGGAAGCUGAAAUACAGCCUAUUGAGCCAGACCAUGUAACUUUUGGUACAUUGAUGAAGGCAUGUGCAAAGGCUGGUCAGGUUGAACGAGCACAGGAAGUUUAUAAGAUGAUACAACAAUAUAAUAUAAAGGGAUCUCCAGAAGUUUACACAAUCGCAGUUAAUUCUUGUAGUGAAACUGGAGAUUGGGAAUUUGCACGCAGUGUAUACAAUGAUAUGACCCAGAAAGGGGUGCUCCCUGAUGAGAUGUUUAUGAGUGCACUAAUAGAUGUUGCUGGGCAUGCUAAAAAGCUGGAGGCUGCCUUUGAUAUCCUACAACAAGCCCGGAAAGAAGGAGUACAGAUUGGAGCAAUGACAUAUAGCUCGUUGAUGGGUGCCUGUUGCAAGACAAGAGAUUGGCAGAAAGCGUUGGAGCUUUAUGAAAAUCUUAAAUCUCUUAAAUUGGUGCAAACAGUUUCAACUGUUAAUGCAUUGCUCACCGCACUUUGUAACGGGGAUAGAUUUCAGAAAGCUUUGGAGGUUUUAUCUGAAAUGAAAGGUUUAGGAUUGCGCCCUAACAGCAUCACAUUCUCAAUACUUAUUGUGGCCAGUGAGAAGAAGGAUGACAUGGAGGCAGCUCAAAUGCUCCUUUCUCAAACCAAAAAGGAUGGUGCAGCCCCUACUCUAAUCAUGUGUCGAUGCAUAAUUGGAAUGUGCCUGCGUAGAUUUGAGAAAGCUUGCCUUGUUGGUGAACCUGUUUUAUCUCUUGAUUCAGGACGGCCACAAGUAAAUAAUGAAUGGACAUCAUUGGCUUUAAUGGUGUAUCGUGAGACAAUCGGAGCUGGUGAAAAACCUACAAGUGAAAUGUUGUCACAAAUCCUGGGAUGCUUGAAAUUCCCUUAUGAUACAUGUAUAAAAAAUAGACUUGUUGAGAACCUGGGAGUAAGUGCUGAAUCCUCAAAAAGUUCAAACCUCUGUUCAUUGAUAGAUGGAUUUGGUGAAUAUGAUCCUCGUGUCUUUUCAAUACUUGAGGAAGCUGCUUCAUAUGGAGUUGUUCCAUCUGUAUCAUUUAAAGUGAAUCCUAUUGUCAUCGAUGUUAAAGAAUUGCAUCCUUAUACUGCUGAGGUAUACCUCUUAACUGUUUUGAAAGGUCUCAAGCAUCGACUAGCAGCAGGUGCAAAACUACCAAAUAUAAUCAUUUUAUUGCCCGUAGAAGAAACAAAAGUUUUGUUUCCCAAUGGGGAAAAGAUUAUUAUACUUGCAGAAAGAGGUGGCCAAGCAGUUGCAGCGCUGUUCAGGAGGCUUCAUAUUCCUUACCAGGGUAGUGAAUCGAAUGGGAAGCUUAGAAUAAAUAGUCCGGGCCUGACAAAAUGGUAUCAGCCAAAGCUUGCAUCUCCCAAAUUCGGUUUACAAGGUGACUGGAGCUCAUCCCAAGCACGACUCGGCAAAAACAUUAGCAAUCAGCAGCGAAACAUUCGAACUGGCAAUCUAUCUUUAGACUAA